CGCGUAUCGAAACAUUUCGCCAGCCGUGGUCUGUUUACCUUGCAGUAAACAAACGCGACUUCUGUGCGUCCAAUCUACAGCAUCUUGCGAUUGAACCUUCCAUGAGCGAAAUGCUGCAUUGAGUCCUGGAUUGCAUGAAGUGCUCACUAUAGCACCUUAUCGUUAACACAUACAGCUCCAUUGCAUGAGAUAGCAAUCUUAAGUCAACGCCCAAGAGUGCACGGGAAGAUGGCGCACUCGUCCGCUAAAUCGCACCUCUUCAACCAACUAUCCCGAAGCCGCACAAGCUCGCCGCAUGUUGACGAGUACGCUACUGCGGGUAGCUUCGACGACAACAACGACCACAUCAUGCACUCCACCCUGAACAUGGGAGACGGCACAGCUAAGCAACAGACGCCGCUCAGUUACGGCAAGCGCCCAGAUUAUGCACCCUCCGGAAACGGCAGCGACAGCAGCACAGCAGCGUCUAUCGAGGUUGGGCGCGGUAUAAAGCAAGGUACUUGGAAUGAUGACGCCGACAUGUCAUCGAACCUCAUCCUGGACUUCGGCGGAGACAGCCAGUAUGAGAUCACGGGAACACCACCGAUCCGUCCUCGCAACAGCUCACGGAAAAGCCACGGGCAGCUGAGACGAGGUGCCUCCAUUAAGAACGCGAUGGGAACGGUAACCGGCAAUGAUACCGUCAAGGCCACCGUUACCCGCAGUACAAACCGUCGCUCACUCUCCGACGCGCUUGCCAAGUUUGACAGCGUGAGCGAUGAAGAUCUGACACAACCCACCGCCACCUUUAAUGCGCGCAACACGCGCUUCACGCGCUCACGUCAGGCUUCGGCUAAUGUCAGCGGCACGCCCGUACGUUCGGUCGCCAAUAACGUGACCGUACAGUCCGCCACUUACACCGCCAAUUCCUUCAUGCUCCCGGACCUGCCCAACAUCUCUGAGCUCGUCUCCGGGACUCGCAAGGAUGGCACGCCAGUCUUCUCCCGUACGAGCAAACCUCGCUCGAGAUUCACUUCCGGUCAAUACAACCCGUCACUGCAACAUGCAGCAAUCGAAAGCGUGCCAAUUCCGGAGGAUGAGAAGGCUAUCUUCUCCUCUCUCCAGCUGCUCCAGGAUAAGAUCGCAGCGCUGGAGAUGGAGAAGUCCGAGGCGCAGAAGCGCGCCGAGGAGUACGAAGGCAAGAUCAUUGAGCUGCGUCAUCAACUGGAAGUGGAGCGCCGCCGACCAGAUAGCGCAUUAGGUUCGGAUGAGGAGAGUGCCACGCGCGAAAAGCGACGUAUGGAGAGAAUGGAGCUGCAAGUGGCCAUAAAGGCUUUGCAAGACUGCCUAGAACGCUCUGAGCGGAAGGUCAGCAUCGGCGACAUUUCUGUGAAGAGAAUAGCGAAGGAGAGGGACGAUCUGGUCACGCAGAUUGGCGUGGCGUAUUACAAUAAUGAGGAGCUGAAGGCGGAAAACGAAAUGUUUCGAGAGAGCCAUGCAAAGCUGCAGGCCGAGAACGAUGAUCUGCACGAGGUGGUGGAGAGGUUAAGACAAGAGAAUGCUGCGCUGACAAGCCAGCUCGGCAAGAGCGCUGUCCCGUCGCGAAAUCCAAGCGCUCAACGACAGGCGCAGGAAGUACACAGCAGGAGAGAGAUGAGACCCGCAGAGGAGGAAGACUUGGCAUCUAAAAUCUCCCGGGAGGUGCACAGGCAGAGAUCUGAAGCGAUGGCUGCAAAGGCAGGCGCUCAGGCCUCUAGCCGUGCGAGGUCCAGAUCGAAGUCGCAGCAACGUCACGCGUCGAGUGGGAGAAAGCGUAAAGAGUCCACGCAGAACGUUGAUGCCACGAGUGUCGCGCCAGAUGCAAACCAGAAGCCUGGGGAGGAACUGUCUACGCAGAGGACCUGCGACGAGCGUGACACUAUGCCAAAGACCACUCCUGUAGAUGCUCGCCUUGACGAAGGAACUAGGGACAUUACCUUGCUUAGCUACCAAGAUCCUGUUGAGGUAGCCGAUCUCCGAAGAAAACUGGAAAUGGAAAUGGCCGCGCGGCACGCAGCACGACGUGAGAAGCGUAAUGUUUCGGCACCUUCGCAGACACAGAAGCAAUCAGAAGAGACGACCCGUUCUGCCGGCUUCGGCAUGGUGCGCAAAUCAUCGCUCAAAGAGGUCCAUGCUGGUCAAGAUGACGGUACUGGUCGCUUCAGCCUAACCGGAGGCGGUGCGAAUGAAGCAGCCAAGGUCGCGAAGACUGUUCGCGUCCAGUCGCCGCACACCUCAGAUGCGUCGCUUCUGCCGCACCAGCAGCAGGAUGUUGAAGCCGGCGAUACAUCGAUGCUCAGUAACACGAGCCGGAGCCGUCGCCGUACAGGCAGUGCAGCGGAGAUGACGUCGGCUUUUAUCCUGCCGGACAUCACAUUGCAAAACUCUCAGCCUCUGCCGUCUGCGAUUGGCAACACUGACAAGUCUUGCGUUCACCACAAUGCCUCCACCUGCACAGUCUGUCACCCUGGAGACAGCAAACUCGAAAUUCCAACGCCGCUACCAGUCACGGAUCGCGAAAUGGCGCAGGAUCCAGACCUCACGACAGCGACCAUCCGUCCUUCGCAGUCGCCUGCUCUGGCUCUAGCGACUGUCCUCAAGAACCUGGAAGAUGAGGUGAAGCACCUAAAGGUGCUGCUGGAAACUCAACAGCGCCGUUACAACCAGCACGAUCCUGCGCUUUCGAAGCGCCAGCGUACCGCCACGAAGUGCAGGAUCGAGCACCUGACGGCCGCCAUUGAAAAGCGAAGCGAUCAGGUGUAUGCCCUGUACGACGUGCUCGAGGGGCAGAAGCAGGCUGCGGAUGCGCAAACCCGCAAUGGAGUUGCGAUGAAGCCGAUGCAGGAAGAAGAGGUCGAGGAGACUCUGAUGAGCAUCGGCAUUGAUCCAGUGGAGUGGGCGGGCCGCGUGGGCAGGAAGGCUCCCUUUGGCCUGGAUGGAGCUGACGAUCUCAGUGACGACGAGGAUAUGCCAUGGGAAGGCUUGAGCGAAAGCGAAGAAGAAAACGGGAUUAGACCUUUUGAGAAGAGGAAGAGCGCUGCAUUUUGAGGCGCCUUGGAUUAGAAGAUGUUCAGAAGCCCUGUUGGAUUAAUGAACGCCUGGCGUUGGGGUGAAUUUGCGUAUAUUGGACGCGGACGUUGCUUUGGUGGGGUUGGGACUUUUGUAUACUCUGGAUGGCGCCGUUGGUUUCUUGCCGUCAAACCUAUGAACAGCAGCGGUUAGGUCUGAGUCUCUGAGACUUCUAAUGCUGGCUUUGACUCCCAGCCCGGUGAGCGGUGGGUUGAGUUGGCCGGCUGACGGUUCUCUGAUUGUACUCCCUUCGAUAGCACUCAUUCUUAUCUGACAGACUGUGGGCAAAGAAACAGUAAAUGAUGGACUGGUUCCCUCAGAAAGC